CUCACCUGUAUAUAAAUAAAAUUAUAUAAAUAAAAAUUCACAUCUACAUUGUCUUUUAUUUUUAAAAUCAUGCAUCAGCUACUACACUUGAUUGUCGUUUUAGCAUUCACCUUCGGUUCUACGUUUCAAAACGAAAUAGAGGAUCACAAAAACUGGAAACUAAUUCCUACAAAAACAUGUGGAUAUUCUAAAGAGGCUCAACGCAGAAUAGUUAAUGGUAAACCCGCAAAAUUAAACCAAUUCCCAUGGAUGGUCCAAAUAUUUUCCAGGAAGGAAAAAAAUAGAGAUUCGUUCAUAUGUGGUGGGUCACUAAUUAAUAACCGAUACGUUGUAACUGCUGCUCAUUGUAUUGGCAAAGAAAAAAUAAAAAAUGUUCGAAUUGGAGAAAAUACACUUACGCCAGAAAUAACAAAGAGACGAUUGAAAGACUAUAAAGUAGCAAAAGUUACUGUCCAUCCAAAUUUUAAUAUUAGUGGUACGGAAGAUAAUGAUAUUGCAUUAAUUAGGUUGGCUAGAUCAGCUAAAUAUAGUGCUGCAAUUCAACCAAUCUGUUUGCCUACUGCAAAUAUGUUGAAUAAAGAAUUUAUUGGCGAAAAUGUAACAAUAGCUGGUUGGGGAAAGACGGAUACAUCAAAAAGACCUGCUAAGGAUUUACAAUACAUAACAAUACCUGUUAGAGAAAGGGACGUAUGCAAUCAAAUAUUCAAUGAAACUUUAGAACAGAGCAAAUUUUGCGCAGGAGUAUCAGAAGGAGAAGACAGUUGUGGUGGAGACUCUGGAGGACCAAUGAUUUGGAAAAAUGAAGAAUCUAAGGCCAAAUAUUUCCUUAUAGGUGUGGUUUCAUAUGGACUAGAAAAAUGCGGUACAGGCCCUGCAGUAUAUACAAAUGUACCAUACUUUUUAAAGUGGAUUUUGGACAGUAUUUCCAGAUAACAUGUAUUUUGUAACAAUUCAGGAAAUAAAGCGUUAUAAUGAUUAAGGAAAUAAACGAGUUGUAAUUAA